ACCACCGUUUUGGCCAGCAUAUUAAAGCGCACUUGGCCGUGAUAUUUUUGAGUGAUUUGCAAGACAAUUGGCUACGGCAGCACUAAAGGCAAAUAAUCCACGAAACGCAAUCAUGGCCCUUCGCUUGACACAGAGACUGCUGCAGACGCAGACGCCGUUCCUGACACGCGGCUAUCCUAUGCUGGUAACCAAGGAAAAGAGCGAGGAUGUGGCCCACACCAAAUCGUCGCUGCAGAAGAAAGUUACGCGGACAGAUAUCCCAUCGGCCCAGUAUGGUGGUCGUCAUGCUGUCACCAUGCUCCCUGGCGGUGGCAUCGGUCCGGAGCUGAUGACAUAUGUGAGGGAAAUCUUCAGCUACUGCGGCGCUCCCAUUGAUUUUGAGGUAAUCGACAUUGAUCCCUCCACCGAGGGAAACGAUGAUCUGGACUAUGCCAUCAUGUCGAUCAAGAGAAACGGUGUCGCACUCAAGGGCAACAUUGAGACCAAGUCCCAGGAGCUGUCGGACAUCUCUCGCAACGUGGCCAUCCGUAAUGAGCUGGAUCUCUAUGUGAACGUUGUCCACUGCAAGUCGUAUCCCGGCAUUCCGGCCCGCCACCAGGACAUUGACGUUGUUCUGAUCCGUCAGAACACCGAUGGUGAGUAUGCUAUGUUGGAGCAUGAGUCGGUGCCUGGCAUCGUCGAGAGCAUGAAGGUAGUCACCGUCGAGAAUGCCGAGCGUGUGGCCCGCUAUGCCUUCGAGUAUGCGCGUCAGAACAACCGCAAGAAGGUCACUACCAUCCACAAAGCAAACAUCAUGAAGCUGUCCGACGGUCUCUUUCUGGAGUGUGCCAACCGUGUGCACAAGGACUAUCCCGAGCUGGAGCACGACAACAUGAUCAUCGACAACACCUGCAUGCAAGCCGUGUCCAAGCCCCAUCAGUUCGAUGUGAUGAACAUGACCAAUUUGUAUGGAACCAUUGUGUCCAAUGUGCUCUGCGGCUUGAUGGGCGGAGCUGGCCUCAUUUCCGGCCGCAACUACGGCGAUCAUUACGCCGUGUUUGAGCCGGGCACCCGCAACACAGGCACUGCCAUUGCUGGCAAGAAUAUUGCCAAUCCCGUGGCAAUGAUCAAUGCCAGCAUUGACAUGUUAAAUCAUCUUGGCCACAAGGAGCAUGCCAAUGUCAUCUACGAGGCCACCUAUCAGACCAUUUGCAAUGAUGCCAUCCGCACACCAGAUCUGGGCGGCAACCACUCCAGUACCGAUGUUGUUGAGAAUAUACUCAAAAUCUUGAGUGCCAAGCGCGUGAAUUGGCCACAUGGAAACUAUUUCAACCAAUUAUAGGCACUAUCGCACUACCGAAACUCAACCUAAACCCAAACCCAAACCAAAACAAAAACAAACUAAACAAACAAAACAAAAUUCUAUUAACCCAGAACUAAGCCGAUUUGAGAGAACUGUUAUAAGCGACAUCUUUUACCCCUAAGCCAAUGCAUUCAGCGUCUACCCCGAAAGAAUCAGUUUAAUUAUGUUUGAGGUCAAAUUGUCUCGCUGCUUAACCAAUCCAAAAAUACUAUGUACCCCUCCGGCUAUAUGUCCAUUCGUGUGUUCCCAUUUGAUGUCAAAAGUGUGAUAAAUCAGAUUUUCUUUGCCGGCACUAUCCACUGUCUCUGUACUAUUCAAAGCCCCGACACUCUAAUUUAAUCCCUUCUCCCUUUUAUUUUACUAUAUCAUUAUCCUAAGUAAAAAGCUCUUCAAAAAUGUUAGUUAGCCAAGUUUUCCAGGAAUAGUCAAGAUAUUAAAUUGUAAAUUAGAUUUUCCAAGAAACGAUUGUGUAAUAUUGCGUAAACAAAUUCAAACAAAAUGUAUUAUUCUGUUCGAAUAUUUAUUAGAAAAAUCUAAAAGUAUACAAAGACAA